AUAAGAUAUUUUUAAGCACGCUAGUGUACACAUUACUUCUCAAUCUUUAAUUCGAAAAUAAGACUGGUGCUAGCUCUUUAUUGAAAAAUUUGUGUUGUUUACAAAUGGCGGACGAACCAAAGGAUCACGAUAAAGGAGAAGGAAACGAACCUGCGAAAAGUUUAGAGGAUUUUGUAACCGAACAUUACAACAAACAAAAGAAAGAUGGCAAAAUGGAUGCAACUGAGGAGAUUGAUGACAAAAGAGCAUUGGACUUCUUUUCUCGAGCAAUGACUGAGAGUAGGAGAAUGAACACAGAGGUGGCAAAAUCAGAGCAGAAACUUGCAAAACUUCACGCAGAGUUAGGGAAAGCUAACGUGGCAGCCUGGCAGGCGGAACAUGCUGCUGAGGUGCUGACUGCUGAACAGCUCAAACAUAUGGGACUACAACAGACGUCGUGAACAUCUGUCUAGUGCAUUGUUCAAAGUUAUACAGCAUUGUUUGCCCAUUUUACACUCUGAUUAAAUUCAAAGUAUCCAUAACAGCUUGAAAAUCAGUUUUAUGGUUGUUAAAGUUACUUAUAAACUGGUACACUCUAAAAG